AUCUUGAUAUUCUAUUCCCAUAUGACCCUCUCCAUGUAUAAUCAAAACGACAGCGGAGUGAAGGCACACUUCUCUCCUCCCCAACCACCAUGGCUUCACUCGAGCAGCCACCGAAGAAGCGCAAGCUCUACGACUCUCUCCCGGAGUCUCCGCCGCCGCCUCCACCUCUGCCGCACGAACCAAGCACACCGCCCUCCCCUCAAACCCUACCUCAUUCUCCUCCUCCUCCUCCGCCACCGUCAACUCCGCCGCUGUCUCAGGAUGAGAUUCUCGCCAAGCGGAGGAACAAGGACGAAAUUCGAACCGUCUAUGAAGUUUACAAGCGGAUCAAGUUUUGCUUGCUCCGCAAAGAUGGUCCCUCUGCCAUUCCUGACCUUGAACAGGGCUACCUCGCUCUCAUCACUUCUUCCAGAGGUUGUAUGAGUGUACAAAGAAUUGUGGCCGAUUUUAUUCCUCAAUAUGCAUGUCACAGUCCAACAGCUUUGGAAGCUGCAGCUAAAGUGGUUAUUAAUAUGCAUAACUGGAGUUUGGCAUUGAUCAAUAGAGGAGAGGACUUUGGUGGUAUUGCAUUUGAAACUGCUAGAACCUGUAUUUCUGGCCUUGCUGAUGUUUGCUGCAUUGCUUCUUCAGUAGCACCAACAUCAGCUGUAAUAAGAGGAAUUUGCUCAGCAGUUUUUCAAAAUGUGCUCACCUUUUUUAUUGCCUUGUUUGAGGGAAAGGAUGUCUUACAGAUGGUUAACAAGAAUUUCCUCAAUAUGCAAGACACCCCUGAGGUAUUUUAUGAGCUGAAACAAAAGAUUUUGGAUGAAGAUGAAUCUUCAUUGACUAAAUUAUCCAAGUUUCGUGCAUUAUGUCUACUUUGGAUAUUCUUCUCUUGUCCGAAAGACUUGCUUUCAGCUUGUAUAGAUCUCUUAGGCUCUCCUACAAAAGAGAGAAAUUCUGAUGAAGGACAGCGCUUUCUGAACCUGGUGACUAGCACGUUUGUUGAUGAUGAAGCAGUUCACCUUUUGGAUGAAGCAAUUGAUGGACCUAAAUCAUGUACAGAUUCUACUGGGGCAGGCAUCAGUGGUGAGGCUGGGGAGAAAAUUAUGACCGAUGACAACCGUGUUUCUGAUAGUGAUUCGUCUGUUGGAAAGAGCUGCCUUCUUAUGCUGGCUCUUAACAAGGACCCGUCACUGCGGAAAUGGAUGUUGCGCAGAUGUAAGAAAUUACUUGACUUGCUUACUAAUGCUUCACUAGAAAUUAGAUCAGUGUUGCAAGGAAUUCUUGGAAUGUUUGCUCAACAGACAGAUUUGGAAGAUUGUCACUUAGAUAGUGAUGAAGAUAUAUCUGAUUCUUCAAUUUACAUGAAUAGGAAUUAUACGGUUACUAGGAUAUCUAAGGAACAUGAAAGCAUUGGUGAAGCAUCAGGAAAAGUUCAUAGCUCUCCAGUUUCUCUUGACAAUGUUCCUGUACGAAAAGCAGGUUCACAUUUUGAUAAUGGAGUCUCAAGGUCCAUGGGCGUUGAGAUGGGUGAGGAAGGCAAUAUGCUCCAUGUUAGGUGCUCCACACCUAGGGACUCAGUAACCCAUCAGAUAUUCUCUCCUGCAGUUAAAACCCAAGUAGACUAUAGGUUUAAUUUAUUUGAUGGUAGAAAUGAUUCCCCGAAUGUUGAGAAAACGCAAGGUUUAAAUAUGAGUUUGAAUUCACCUCUGUUGAGGUCCUCUAGCGGAGCUUUUAGAAAUGUUCAUGCUUCUCCUAGUCAUCAUUUUAUGUCGCCAACUGCUUCAACAAGAAGUCAAAUUGCCUGGUGCUGUGACGGGGAUCCUGCAGCCAUGGAUGUUGUCUCUGCUUCUAAGCAGCUAUGGGUAGGUUAUGUAGCGCCUGACGUACCUGAAAACCAUAUCAGGUUUCAAUUAGAGAGGUUUGGCCCUAUUGAACGAUUUAUUUUCUUCCCAGUGAAGGGAUUUGCAUUGGUUGAGUACAGAGGGAUCAUUGAUGCGAUAAAAGCUCGACACUAUUUGCCUGGAAAUUUUCCUUGCCGAGUGAAAUUCAUGGAUAUAGGGCUUGGUACCAGGGGUGCAGUCAAUGGUAUUGCUGUUGGCAUUAGUUCUCAUAUAUAUGUUGGAAAUAUUUCCAGUCAAUGGGCCAGGGAUGAGAUCCUGCAUGAAUCAAGGAAAGUAAUCCACAAGGGUCCUCUCGCAGUGAUCGAUCUUAGCUGUGAGGGUGCAUUACUUAUGGAGUUUGAAACUCCGGAAGAAGCUGUCUCUGUCAUGUUGCAUCUGAGACAACUCCGAAGAGAGAGAAAUAGUUAUAAUCAGCAUUUUGGUCCAGGGACAGUUAAUACUGGAUUUGGGCAUGCUUAUAUUGAUGGUGCAAGACCGUUACCCACUCCUCCCCGUCUUGAUCCUAAAGUCAACAACUCUGCUGGAUCACCUCAUGCUCGAACUUUACCUGAGAGCCCUGCUGACGGCAGUCAAACGAGGAUGUCUCGCUUGCAUAACUUACUAUCUUCACUGCGUACUAAGUAUAAUAUUAAUCAAAGCAUAGGUCUACAUGAUAACUAUAUGACUGGAGAUACUUCUGCUUCUUCCAUGCGUGAGGAAGAUACAGUGCCAUCCAGCACUCUGUGGAUAACUAUUUCUCGUAGCAGCUUACCGUUCCUCACAGACGAGGAGCUAAUGGGCAUUUGCAACCUGGCCAUUGGGAACACUGGCUCCAUUGUGAGGCUGACACAAGCAAACAUGCAGAUGGGAUGUGGUUGGUUGGUUGAGUGCAGUAAUGUUGAUGGUGCAGUUUCUGUUCUAAGGAAUCUUCGUGGUUGUCCAGGAUUGUUCUUCCAGAUAGAAUUCAGCAAACCAGGAAAUCAAAAUGCUGUACCAUUUUCAAUUAAACCAGAAAACAACGGCAUGGAGCUUGUAUCCCCCAGAAUAAAUACUGAGAAUCAUAAUAGUGGAGUACAUGGUGCACCUCUGUCUCAGUCAAACUGGCACUUUCCUGAUUCCAGGGAGAUGUCAGAAGUUGGAGCAAGGAAUGAUAAUGUAUCACUGGAUCCACAUCGAGGAGGUAAUGCUCCACAUUUAUUCCCUGGAACACAAGGACCUUCCAUUCUGCCACCUCAGCAAAUUCAGUCAUCUCCUUUCAUUCGCCCUGUUUAUGUUCCUCCAAAUGGUCCGUGGGAUCCACGGGGAACAAAUAAUCAUUUACCUGUCAACCAAUUUAACACAGGAGUAAUGCCAAAUAAUUUUCAUGGUGGUGGUGUGGCGAGUCCUUUUAUACCUGUGUCUGUGACUCCACUUGCUCAGAUACAAGGAGCUCCAAUCCAGCCCUAUAACCAGCAGGUUCCUCCACCAAUUGUACCCCCACCUAUACCAUCUUUGCCACCUCCUCAGCCUGAAAUGCCACAUCCAUUUCCUCCUUCUCCACCACCUCUACCCCUGACACAGCCACCCUUGGUUCCUCCACCUCCACCACCUGGUUCUCCUCCACCUCCUCCUCCACCACUGCCUGUCCAAGAAGUAGUCAGUAUGGAAUGUUCAGGGCAGUCUCUGCAGUAUCAGUGGCAGGGCAAUCUCUGUAAAAGUGGGGUUAACUACUGCACAAUUUAUGCAUGCAGAGCAGAUUCAGAUAUUUGCAGAUAUUCAAAUACCAUACCUGAGCCUGCUGAAUGGCCUACAAAAUUAGACAUGACUAAACGCACCGAUUUUCGACAUGUGAAAUCAACAUUAGCUGCUACACCAUCUCAUAGAAGGGAAGUGUGCCAUUUGAUCCCAUCUUCCACUAGUGACCACAAAAGGUUUCAGGAUUUCGUAUCAUACUUAAAGCAGAAGGAUUGUGCUGGAGUUAUCAAAAUCCCAGCUUCAAAAUCCAUAUGGGCAAGGCUGCUAUUCAUACUUCCCCACUCACUUGAAACAUGCUCUUUGCUUUCUAUUGCUCCUGAUCCAUCUGAUUGCCUCAUUGCUUUGGUUCUUCCCAAGGAAACAAACUUUGAUUGGAUAUGACUAGUGUCCUUUAUCAUAGAGCAAAAGCUGAAGUUCUAUUUUUGUAUGCACCAAGCUAAUGGAUGUAAAUUUGAUAUGCUCUGAUCUGGAGAUAUAGGCUCCCUUACGGGGAGCUGUAAAAAUGUGACAUUUUAGGUUUGUAAAUACUGGGUUUUUUGUUGAAGAUAUAGAUCCUAUGAUACGCAUGCAAAUUUUGUACCAUUUUUGUAAUCUGCACUUUUUUCUUCUUUGGAAGUUAGUUCUAGUAGUAGUUAUUUUUCAA